AUGGAGUCUAAUCAACAAAAAGGUCAACCUUCUCCUUCAACAAAAGUUGAAAGAAAGAUUGUUGAGAAAAAUAGGAGAAAUAAGAUGAAGAGUCUCUAUUCCAAACUCAACUCUCUUCUUCCUAACUAUAAUCCCAAGGAACAUUUACCAUUACCUGAUCAAAUAGACAAUGCUAUAAACUAUAUAAAGAGCUUGAAGACAAAUUUGAAAUUGGCUAAGGAGAAGAAACAAAGUUUAAUAAGAAACAAAAGAUCGCUUAGUGGCUGUUCGAAUUCUUCUGGAGCAAAAGUAAGCAUAAAAUCACCAAAAAUAGAGAUUCAUGAAAAUGGUUCUUCUCUACAAGUUAUGGUAACAUGUGGGGUUGAUGAACAGUUCAUUUUCUAUGAAAUUAUAAGAAUACUGCAUGAAGAUCACGUGGAGGUCAUCUCUGCAAAUUCUUCACUGGCUGGAGAUUCGGUUAUUCAUGUCGUGCAUGCAGAGAAUCCGCAAUCAUUGUUUCAAUUUGGAGCGAGCAAAGUGGGCGAGAGAUUGAAAAGGUUUGUGAAUGGAUCUAUGGGCGAGGCACAAUUAAUAGUGCCUCAAUUGUGGGAUUUUGAGAUUGGAACUGAGACUUGGGAUCUAAAUUCUAUAGUAAACAAGUGUUUGUCAAAUUCUUAAAGAAGAAGAAGAAGAGAUACAACAAACAAAUGCAGUGCACAUUAUAACUAAUUCAAGUGUAGUAUAUGAAAGCAUUUAAAUAUAUUGUAAGAAGAAAAUUGAAUUGAAAUCGCUUUAUGAAUCUAGAAGAACAUGUAUC